UUUUUUUCGCUCUCCGUCGUGCCACCUUCGAUAGAGGUCCUCAAGGAACGUCGGUGGUGACACAAGAUGGAGGACUCCAGCUGCCUCUUGCUCGUGCUGCCUCCAACAACGAUUUCAAGCACGAUCUGCAAGCCCCCCGGCAGGCCUCUUCACGCCCUGCACAUGGUUCUCGAGGGGACAAGGACUACAAUCGGUCGGCAGCUCCUGUGUCCAAGAGCUGGAAGAACCGUUGGGGUGACCAAGAUUCGACGGCCAAGAGCGGGACGGACGACCACCGCCGCUCCACCCAGUCUUCGCGAGGGCGCGGCGUCGGAGAUGGCGGGCGAGGGCGAGCCGUGGGGAACCAGCCUACCAGGUCUUCGCCGGCGAGUCGCCAUCGCCGGAGCAGGAGUCGGAGCGCAGAACGUCAACAACGCACCAAUCCUUCGUCUAGGCGUGGGCGCAGCCGGAGCGGAGACCGUCGUGGGAGAAACACGCCUUCGUCUAGGCGUAGCCGCAGCCGGAGCCAGAACCAGAGCGGGGGCAACAGCAGGGCGACCAGCACUGACAGCAGUCGCGGCGGAAAAGGGGGACGGAGGUCAGGCCACGGUAACAGGCAAGUGAUGUAUGAUCGGGGUGAUUUUCGUAGCUCUGGGUUGAUGGGAGAAAACAAGGAUGCUUCAGAAGACGGUUCUCUCUGUUCUUCACCGCUUGUUCUACGCCCUCCCGCUGAUGUAGGCCAACCGACCAGGCCUUGUUUGGCUUUCGAACUUGCCAACAUGCAACUUCGUGAUCAUUCAGCCGCUGUGAAAAGCCAUGCCUCUGCCCAUGCCGUUAUGGAUUAUCCCACAUGUUCCUUGCCUUUGGACGAACAUGCUGAAUCACCACGCCAUGCUGCUUCACACGCCUCGACUUUGACUUCCCGUACGAAAUGCUGUUGGAACAAGUACUCACUCUCCUGCGAGCAAAUCAAGUAGUGGAUGCUGCUGCCGACGCGAAUGACAACCUCCUGUUCCCCCCCACGCUCCUAGCGUGCCACCACCUGCCCCAUCUUCUUCCCCACCAACGCAUCUGACACCGCUGCAAGACCACGCUUCGAGCUUUUUGGGAGCUCUUGUAGGGCGCGAUGUUCGUGCCGAAACCACUGCCAGGGCCACGUCAGGAUCACCGUCAUCAGCCACGAGGUCGGCGACAGUACCGGUCGGGCCUGCGGUGGCAUCGUCAGCAUCGACAGCCCCAGCCCUGUUGCAACAGCCUUUGGUGGUAUCCCCCCCCCCCCCUCCAGCAUGCGUCUGUUCUGAUUGGUCCUAACUCUGCAACCGGCCACAUCGUCGAGCCACCGGGUCAAGCGGCAUCACCGUUGCCACAGGACGAUGCUGGUUUGCUUUUGUCUCCCACAGGAGCGAGAGCGAGGCAGGAGGCUCUGGACCCUGCGGACGCCGCUGCAACGGAGGCCGACACCAUCCGCAUUCAAGACAAGAUGGACAAGCUGAAGCCGGAACAACUUGAUAGUGUCACACGCUUGCCCCUCAGUCCUGAUCCUGAUGAAUUUGCUUGCUUCGAGUCUAGCUGCCAGCGUGAUCACCGUCAUCAGCCACG